ACGUGACCUAUACUAGAAUAUGGCGUCGAAUUCAAACAGAAAUUAUUCCCACAGCUCGCCUCACGCAAAGAGAAAGACCUACAGAAAUGGAACAAGUUCAUCAUCAUAUACAGAACGUUCAGCGUCACCAAAACCGCCAAAAACGGCCAUUUCGCAGCAUUUGCAAUCGUCGUAUACGCCGAGACCUCUGCCACCCCCUCCUUCCGACAUCACAACUACAUCUAGACGAAAAAAUCCUUUACAUAGCGUUGUCAAGUCGUCCCCUCGUGAACCCGUAAGAGCAACUCAACACUUCUCUCAAUCGUCGUCAAGGGCAACGGGCAAUAGAGACGUCGUCAUCAGCAACUUGAGAGGAAACGAGGCGGCCAGGGCGGCUGUUGGCAAUUUGAAGAGCUGGGAAAGAGAUAGAACUAUGAAAUCACGUGAUGUGAAUAACAGCUAUGCGUUUCACGGUGGUAGUAGAGAGAAAUUAGAUGGUGGAAUGUUAUCAAGAGAUGUUGGGUGUGAUGAGAGGGUUGAGAGGUCUCUUCCGUAUGGUAGUACUGCUAUGCGGAGAGCUGGCAGUCUAAAGUCGUUGAUGUCACUGAAGGUUGAUGAUGAUGACAGUCAUGACUUGAGGAAAUUGAUGGGAGGGCGGGGCUCGUUUACUCCUACACCAAGGAGAAGGUCACACAGCAGUGACAUGAAUGCGUCACAUCAGGCUACACCAAAGACUUACUUUAGUAAUUUGCAUGGGACUACCUCAAGACAAUCGUCGUAUGAAGAUGUUAUGAAAAGUUUAAGCGCAACUCGUCUGUGCAGUGAUGCAAUAAAAAGAGACAUUGAUUUCACAUCAAUGAAAAAACUAGAAUCCGAUAGAAGAACACACAGAUACUUGGGUGGAAGUAGAACAUCACAACAUUCUGACAGCUCUGGAGGCAGUAAGACAAAUAUAACACUUGGAUCUCGGUCAUCAGGCAGCUCAGGAAAUCCGGGUGGCUUAGUUGGACUGGGAAAUCUAGGAAACACAUGUUUUAUGAACUCCGUCCUUCAGUGUCUCAGCCACACUAAACCACUCUUACGUUUCUUUAACAAAGACAUCACAAUGAAGAUAAGUGAGAAGAGCAGCAUGAAAGGUCGUCUAGUUAAAGCGUUUGCGGAUCUUAUGAGUGAGAUGUGGGCGUUGCCGAGUCAAGAUUCUGUUGUGUCUCCGUCAUUGUUUAAGCUACAAAUUCAGAGGUUUGCGCCGAGAUUUGUGGGUGACAGUCAACAAGACUCUCAAGAGUUUCUUCGAUUUCUACUUGAUGGUCUUCACGAUGAACUCAAUCAAGCUACUGGCAAACCAGAACGAGAACCGCCAUUACUGAAGGGAUCAGAACUGGCAGAGUGGUCGUGGAAUAAUUACAAGAAAUAUGCUUAUAGUAAGAUUACAGAAUUGUUUGUUGGUCAACUGAAGAGUACAGUCACAUGCACCAAGUGUGGCAACAUAUCAGACACGUACGAUCCAUUUUGGAACCUCUCACUACCAAUUCCUCAAAAGAAACGUUCCAGCUACACACAACCCUAUUCGUUCACUUCAACAAACUUAUCCUCCAAUGAAAGACUGGGCUUCAGCACGUCAACAUUAGACACUCCUUCGCUCAUUGAAUGUUUUCAACUCCUCACAAAAGAGGAAACUCUUGAUGAAGACGACACACCAUAUUGCAGCUGUUGUUGUGCUAAGACGAAGUCGACGAAGCAAACGAUGUUGGAUAGGUUGCCUCCCGUACUGGUGAUACACCUGAAACGGUUUGGUGGAUUCAGAUAUCGUACCAAGGUGUCGACAGUCGUGUCUUUUCCAACAGAAAAACCAUUGGAUUUGGCACAAUUUUGCUCGUCCAAGGAAGCUGCCACUUCCGCCAGCUACCAUCUCUACGCUGUAUCCAACCAUUCAGGCAGCACAUUCGGUGGUCUCUACACAGCACAUUGUUACCACCACAAACUCAAAAUGUGGUACUCAUUCAGUGACACUGACGUCCACAACGUGUCUGUAGACAGCGUCUGUGGAUCACAAGCUUACGUGCUUUUCUAUGAACGAGAAUGUGAGGCGUGAAAGCCGUUUAUAAAAUGCUUGUUCAUGUGUAGAUACAACAGUGUGUAUGAUAUCCUCGAUUAAUUAACUGGUUUGGUGUAAAUGUUGUUCCAUCCAUCGAUUGAUUAUAGACCGAGUUAUUGGAAGGUGAUUGGUGUCAGGAAUGUUUAUUGACUUCUGGAGCAAACGCUUUUCAGUUCAACUCCAAAAGUGCAAUGCCAAUGUCUCCAAGAAGUCAUCUUCACUGACUGGAGACAACAGAAGUGACUUUUAUGCCACUCGGUACUUUAGCCACUAGCUGACACUGAGGGGUUUUAGAGUUAUUAGUUCUUUCAAGUUUUGUUUUGAGUUUAUUUUUAGUUCACGAACACUGAUAGUAUACUAGUUGGACAGCAUAUCUAGCAUAUUUGCAUUGCAAAAAUGUAUCAGUGUAUGACAAAUCGGUUGCCCAGGGACAACUGGCUGACAGCUACCCUACCUACCAGCUUCAUGAUGGGCAAGAUUUCAGCUAUUGUUGCAGCGUAUUUUGUGCAUGAUUGAUAGUGUAAUGUUGCUUAUCUUUAAUCCUUCUGACGGCCCUGCAUUAUUUGCCUGUCUGUGUCCAAGGAGAUGGAAACUGCCUGUUGAGAGCAUCAAGUCUGCUUCUUACAGGUUGUCUGUCUGUUCAUAUAUUUGAUAAUCACAAUUUAGA